AGAACGGGACUGGUGCGCAUUAAUUGGAAAUAUCUUAGUUUUGGCCUUGUGUCUCAGAUAUGGCCAGUCUGCGUCUCCUUCGAGUACUAGGCCAAGACAGAGUGGGACCGGCUCUACUGUCUGUAGCCAGGCCGUCCCACUGGAGAUACGUGGCGAGGCGGUCUCGCUGCAGGUUCACGAUAUCGGCAGCUCUGAGUCACUCAGUGUCUGGGGACCAUGUCAACCUUCAUGAGCUAGUCAGUCAAGGUCGCUACUGUGAGGCAGUGGACGAAUGGGAGAGAGCCAAGGAGGAGGGUGUGGCAGACUCCGCCCUCUACACUAGUGUGAUGAAGAUGGCGGCCCAGGUGGGUGGAGUCGAAGCCGUGCAGAGUGUGAAGGAAGACAUGGAGAGUCAGGGAUGGAGUAUGGAUCACAGUUGCUCGCUGCACUAUUUGGGCUGUGUGGCAAAGGAGGGACAUGUCCGAGAUGGUGUCAAGUUUGUCAAGUCCUCCCAUCUCAAGGAGGAUCCAUCAUUUCUGGCUGAGUGUGCUGAUCUACUGGCAGACAUUGCCCACCUCCAGGCCGCACUGGAUGUGUGUUCCCUCUUCCCCUCUCCCUCCUCCCACUCUCCCUCGUCCCCCUCUCCACACUCUCACCACAUCCCACUGCUCACGGUUCAACUGGAGACUCUGGGGAGGCUGGGGAGGGAGACGGAAAUAGAAGAACUUGUCGAGAGAGUAUGUGGAGACAGUGUGUUUCCUGAGGUGCAGACUGCCAUGGCCAAUGCCUGGUGCCUUGCAGGACGGCAAGCUAGAGCUCUGGAGAUUUUGAAAGGCCUCAGGUCACGUAAUCACCACAUUCCCGUGAAGAGCCUGGCCCUGCUACUGGAGAGUGCACAGGGAGAUGAAAACUACACUCUAGCUGCUGAAGCAUGCUCAUUAUUCUGGAACAAGUCAACUGCACAGCCGGGCGACGAGGCCAUCUUGUCGUCUCCCACCUGUCUCUCCCACCACACCUCCUACCACUGUAGGGCCAUCACUGCUGCCUCCUACCUUCAGGCCUUUGCCCACAGGGACACCACGAAUGUUGAAGAGGGUGCUAGUGGGCAGCUAAGAAGCUUUCUGGAGAGGAACUUCUUCCAGGAACUGCUCCACCACAGAUACCUACCCCACCCCUGACAUGUACCAGGCUCUUGUACUCCUGAGCUGCCACCACAGUCCAGCUCUGGCCUGGGCGGACGCAGUCAUUAAACAGUGCAGGGCUACGGGGCAGGUUGUCCCGGCCUCAUUCCUCACCAGCUGGGCCCACAACUGUGGCACUGUCUCUCCUAAUCAGGCUCUCAAGGUGAUUCACAUGGUGAGGGCCCAUCGCCACCACUAUCAGCUGGAGCUGGACCUGAGUAACUACGGGGACCUCCUAGCCAUUCGCUACCACUGCCACGACAACAUCUCCAGACAGAAGGAGGCUCUCAACUGCAUUAGAGCCAUCAAGAAUUCAAUGGAUACAUGGGGAGUACUCAACAGUACUGAGGCCUUCAACCUGGUCCUGAAGGCAGUGGUAGCGAUACCGGCCGUGGGAGCACACUACACCACAUACAACGACAUGACGUCGUCUCACGUGGACCCAGAUCUGCAGACGUUUCAUCUUCUCCUUGACGGUACGCUGGCCGAGGGGUCGGUGAAGAACACGAAGAAGGCGGCCUAUUACCUGUGGCGGAGUCUGAUGAAGGAGUGGCCGCGAGUUCGGCCGGAUGUGGAGCUGGUGAACAAGUUUAUUAGGUGUUGCGUGGUGUGUGGGGAUGCAGAGAGGGGGCUGGUGUUCCUGUCAGCUCUCAGUGACUGCUCAGUGGAGCCUGACGUACAGACUUUCACUCUGCUUCUGGAGUUGUGUCACUCCACCAACCAGCGAGAGAGUUUCGAGAGUGUCCUAAAGCUAGCCGAGCACUGUCUCCCCGACGAAGCCCCGCAGGUGAGGACACUGGCCCAUGAACUACAGAGACAGUGGAGGGCUCAGGAGGACAUUAGUCUGGUUCAGGGCAUUCUCAGUCACUUAGACACCAGUAUAUAGAUAGAUAGCGACAUCUCUCUCUUAUUAUACCCUCCUGUUUUUUAUAGUCACAAUCAUUGACAUGCAAGGAUUUAUUGGGGACACAGAAAUUCAGUUAAUAGUCUUGCAAGUAUUUGGGCAAUCAUAAUUAAUAUGUACAAUCCAUAUCCAGAUGGUGCAACAUCUCUUUCUUUCUCUAUUAUGCCCAUCUCUCUAUUAUGCCUAUCUCACUAAAUUCUCUAUUAUGCGUAUCUCAUUAAAUGCACAGAUAAGUGAUUGUGGUGGA